AUGGCCCUGAAAAUUUCCCCGCCCCGCCCUGUUUGUCCAUGCGUCAUCCGACGACUCUGCCGCAUUGCUAAGCGCCAUUCAGUCCGUCUGUCUGUGUGUACAUCAACUCAUUCAGCACCCGCCGGCCAGUCGACCGUCCGUCCUUUGCUUCAUUUCACAGCCAGCAGGUCAGCUGAGCAGACAGACGUCUGGCUGACGUCCUGUCGCUAG